AUGGCUCCUGCCAACACCUCUUCUUGCACCCGUCAGACUUUCCACUCUGAAUCAGAAAGCAUCAUUAUUCAGAAACAGAGGAAAGAAAUGCAGCUGUUACUUGCAGAGCUGAAAGAUCGUGAUAAAGAGCUCAAUGAAAUGGUUGCUGUGCAUCAGAGGCAGCUGCUGGCUUGGGAGGACGAUCGUCAAAAGGUCCUGACUUUGCAAGAGCGAUGUAACAGGAUGGAGAAUGAGCUGCUCAAAAGGAAUGAAUUGAUAACCGCACUGACCAACAGGCUGAAGCUGCUGGAAUGUGAGGAGAACGAUUGGAAGAAGACUCUGGAGAAUGCCCAGAAAGAGCUGCAAGACCUCUCUCGGACAGCGUCCAACACGUCGCUUCACUGCCAGGCUCUUGAGGAGAAGAAUCAGGUUCUCAACUGCUCCGUGAUGGAACUCUCUAACAAAGUGGGGCAUCUGCAAGCCAGAGAACAGGAGCUGCUGACCAUGUUAAAGUUAAAGGAUAAAGAUAUCCUUGAAGCGACCAAUCAUAUCACUGAAUUUACCUGUAAAUUCAAAAUGUUAGAUAGCGCUCUGCGGGCUGCAAGGAUGGAGGAAUCAAACACCAGCAAAGAAAAGCAGGAUUUUAAACUCAAGUUGAAAGAACUGAUGUUGGAAACCAGCAAAUUAAGAGAUGACCUCAGUGAAAAAACAAAAGAGAACAAUGAACAGAGGGAGGGAAUCAUACGGCUCAAACAAGAAAUCAGUUAUAUGAAUAACGAGCUGAUGUUUAGUGUUGAGAGAGCGAACCGAAAAGAUCACCUUCUUCAGUCCGCAAAAUCGAAGCAGCUAAGGACUGACACAGAGCUCAGCAAUUUGCGACAGAUCUACCUGAAGCAGCAGCAGGACCUGCAGUUUCUCCACUUCAGCUUGGAGAGUUCUCAAGAAGCCAAACCGACACCCAAGAAGGAGGCCCAUGAAGCAAGCAUAGAGAUGGUUUUGUCAGAUCUCAAGAAUGGCAGCGACAGAGAGGUGGCCUGUAGUGAAAUCGCUCAGAAGACACACCCAUGUUUUGUGCACAAUCCCCCAAGCAGCUUGCAACCUUGCCUCAUAUGCAAAGCUGAGAAUAGGCAGCAGGCGCAAGACUCCGGUUCCAAGGAGCAACUCACAACAAACUCGGAUGCAUUUCAGGAAGGGGCAUUUGGCUGUUUAGAAACUCUCCCUAGAGAAGAGCAGUCACAGAGCAGUUCCUUGAGCGCAGGCAGAGUAGACAGCGGACCCGAUUCGCAGACAGACAGCACCUGGACGCCGGACGAGAGGGAAUCUGCCCAAGCGUCUGAGCAAAACCCUGUCACCUUUUUGCCGAUGCACGAGCACUGGCUGGACUUGGAUUCCUUCAUGGAGACCACAAAGAGCUGUAGCCCCACGUCAAAACUCUCUGACAAAUUUGACAGGUGCUGUAAAGCUGCAGGGGCACAUCCCGCGGGGGUUCCAGGUGGGCAAAGUCCCCAGACCUCUCCCCGUCUGGCAAGAGCGCUGGAUCCCAGCGGUUCCUGUCGCUGCUCUGCGAACAAAACCUUGCCGCACCAGCCCAUUACGGACCAAGAGUGGAUGCAGAUUUUCAAGCCGGCCAAAGCGGAAGGAGGCACACAGCACGGAGCGCUUGCGAGUGAUUCCCAGGCUAGUUGUCGAAUCAAAAGCACCAAGGCAGAAAGCAGCCAUGACGCAGUCCUGACUCUUUCAGACUUGGGCCCUCCGUGUUUGACUUCGACGCAGAAGUCAAGUAGGCCCAAGAGGCGUGAGAAGCUCCUCGAGCCAGACCUCCCCUCCAAGCUUGCAAGUGUGCCCGAAGUCCCGGAGGUGAGUGGAUGCUGCUGUCCUGCCAUUCUUUAUGAUUCCUGCUCACCCACAAGUAAACUUCAAAAACUACUGGCAGAGUCCCGGCAGAUGUUAGCCGACCUGGAACGCAACUACCUGCUCCCCGAUGCUCCUGGUUGCAGUCCCCAGGAAGGCAGCCCCUCAGAGUGGGCAGAAGAGCAUCCAGGGAGGCUACCGGCUGCUGAGGAAACCCAGAUGAAGCUUUCUCUCUUCUCUCUCUGACCUCAGCUGCUUUGGGUUGCAGACAUAGUUCUGCCUUCAUCCUGUCUGCGCAACAACCCUGUGAGGCAGAUUGGCUAAGAGAGAGAGAGAGAGAGAUAGAGAGAGAGAGAGAGAAGAACCGCCCCUUUGUGAGACGGUGCCACCCACUCCCGAAGGUCGUCGUGUGAGGUUUUGCACAAGACGGCCCUUCCUCCGUUGCUGCGAUCAAUCUCGGAACGCCUCAUGUGCCAGUGACCUGGGUCUAAAUGCUGGGUUUUAUUCCCCUCCUCCUCCUAUAGAAUUAUACGAUACUGUAUACAAGAGACUUUAAAGAACAGCCACCCUAACAGUAAUUGAUAGUAUUUUGGGGAGGGUUAUUUAAAGAUGAAAUUGCUAAUUUGGAGACAUUUACAAAACAGAAAUGUGUUUUUCUCUGCUUUUCCCUGUUUUUGUACCAAUAUUUUAUAUUUACAGUAUAAAGCCAAAUAUGUUCA